CUCGCCCCGAGCUGGACGUGGAAGGAAAGGCGGAAGAGUGGGAGUGGGAAUAGUCACCCCAACAGCCUUUGUUUACCAUCUCAGCACAACGCUAAACGUUGCUGCAAAUACAGUUACCAAUACUAGUGUCGUCUAAGCGAGACAGUGGUGUGAAAUCGAUAUUCCAAAACAGAAAAUCUCUUUAUUGCUGUGCCAAGUGCAGCCUGAAGGGGGCGAUGUCGGACCAUAGCCACAGCGCAGGCAGCAGCGGCUCUUCCUCCAACAGCUGGACACUCCUCUCUCCAGAGGAAGCUGGUGUGGAGAAUGUUGGACAGGUGGACGACGGCACAGAGAGCCUGGGUGAUGCGCCCAGCCUGAGCGAGGACCUGGCAGGAGCCGCGGUGGAGUUUAAACCAGUCGACAUUCCAGUAGAAACUGUUCUGUCUGAGGAAGGACACCAGGUGUGUCAGGAGACCUCUCCAGAUUCCAGUGAAGGUCCAGUGCCAUCCAGUCCAUCUCACAGAAGUGCUCUGCUCCAUACGCCAGACCUUCCAGACCUGGAUCAGGAGAGUCAGCCUCCAAUUAUCCAUGACAUCGUGACCAGCUCUCCCAGUGACAUCGAGCCUCUGGGCGCUACAUCCUUUGUCACUAAUGUUGACUUUGAUACAGCUGCUGAUUUCCACACUGCUGAGCCUGAGGAGUGCUCCGCUGUGCCUCCCGUCACCGACAUCGCCGUCUCUGCUGAGUCAGAGGUCGACGUACCUGCAGAUCCCCCUGCAAAUCUAACAGAGGCUACUGAUGUGACCCCUGAAGUAGACACGGAGAUAGUUGCAGAAGCCAUCCCAUAUUCUCCUCCUCACGCAGAGCCUGUCCUCAGCACCCAUCCUGAUGAGAAGGAACCGCUCAGUGUUGUCCCUGAACAUCCUGGUGGUCCUGAAUCAAUGAGUGUAGAUGCAGCUGAAUCUGAGGAGAUUGUGGAGGACAAGACUUCUGAGAAGGACGAGCCAAAUGCACAGGAAGAGACUGCUGUGGAGACAGUAGUGGAGGAGGAGACUGGUGUAGAAGAGGUUAUAAAGGAGACCGCAGCGGAAGAGACUGCCAAGGCGAGCGAUGUGGGAAGGAUUUUAACGGAGGGCGACGUGGAAGACAUUGGAGCAGAGGAGGUUGCAGUGGAGGAUGCCACGGAGAGGCUCCCCGAACAUGACGACGCAGAGGACCAACUGGAAGAUGAGGAAGAAAUACAAGAGCAGUCUGCUAGCUUUGAUCACUCAAGCAGCUUUGAUGAUGGACUGAGGAGGAGAAACCUGCCUCCCUUUGACGGGCCGAGACCAAGAACAUCAGACGAGGAAGAAGAGGAGGAGGAGCUGGAGUUCAAGCUGGCCGAGAAGACGCCAGAGAAGCCAUGGUUCUCUGUCAACAAGUGCAUUGUGGGAGCUCUGGUGUUGCUCUUCUUGGGGUCCCUCUUCUUGUCUGGUGACUUUGACGCCUCCGAACUGAGCGAUGGAGAACAGAGCCAGGACGUCCCCAGCAGCGACCCGCAGGAUAUGAAGGAGCUACUGGCUAAACUGACGCAGGAAAAUCAACAAAUAGCUCUGUUGGAGGCUCAACUGCAGGCUCAGAAAGCAGAACUGGACUCGGCUCUGAAGGCAGUGGCAGCCAGCGGAGAUGAAAAGAGUAGAGCCAACCUGGAAGCAGAAAACCUGAGGUUGAAGGAGGAGCUGACAUCCUUGCCUGGACUGAAGACGGAGCUGCAGAGUCUGAGAUCUCGGGUCACUGAGCUCAGCCAACUCACAGUUGAUGCAGAAGUGGCCCCAGCAAUGUCUGUUGAUGAGAAAGAUGGCAAUCACGUUUCAUUCAGCCCGGAGAGGAAGAAAGAGUCAGGUGACAAGCUGAAACAGGAACUCCAGCGGCAAAAGAAUCUCCUGGAAGAGAGCAAGAAAAGGCUGCAAGGAAUGAGAAAAGACGGAGGCGACAGGAAAGGAGUCAGGGAUAGCUUGGAGGAGAUCCACAAAAAGCUCUCGGAGCAUGUAGAAAGGUGGGGGAAGAAGAAUCCCCAGGAGUCCAAGUGGAAAGGAAGCAAGGAGGAACACAAAAGCCACUGGAAGAAAGAGGAGAAGAAGGAGUGGAGGGGGGAGAAGGAGAGGAAGCCCAGCAAAGAGGGAGAGUGGAAGGAACGUGAAGACCGGAAGGAGAAGGACUGGAAGUCUCAGAAGCAAAACUCUCACAAGGAGUCAUGGAGGAAGCAUCAAGACGAGUGGGAGAGGAAGAAGGGUGAGCGCAGGAUGGACAGAGAGGAGCGGCGGAAAGAGAAGCCAUGGCAAGGCCGUGCUGGUAAAAAUGCCCAGAAACAACAGCAGCAGCAGCGCAAACCGGACACCGACAGCAAGGACUUCUGGACGCACCAGGAGCAGAAGCUCAGGCGCAACAUCCGUCCACAGGUAGGCUGCAGCUCCGUGGAGGACUGUGCCACCAAAGAGGGGCUCUACCCAGUCGAGCUGCCGGAGUUCGAAGAGCUGCUGGAAGGCUACAUGAGCAAGCUGGUCGGCACGUCCAUACAGAGCAAAGACAAGAUCCGCAAGCUGAUGGCAGAGUUCUUCGAGGACGGCGUGUUCAUCCAUGACAGGAUUCUCUUCAGUGACUUUGCAGAGGACGUGGCGGACAUCCUGGAGGACAUGGUGGACUUCCUAGCAGGCCCUGGGCAGAAGGGUGACGACUCCCUGGAAGAGGAGAUGGAAGAGUUUGAACGAGAGGCGCUGUGGAAGUUUGCAGCCACGUCCUAGAAAUGAAGGGUCAAGGGUCAACUCAACAUCAAACACAGCACAAGUGGCGGUUCCUGAAGACGCUUCACACCGACCUUCUUCAGAGCUGUGAGCGUAGAAAAAAAAAAACGGUACAGUCUUGGCUCUAAUAUAAACUUGUUCCCUUUUAAUCUAAGCCCACUUGUACUUGUGUUUUUGGACUUUAGUUGUCGUACCUACCUCUGUCUGUUCCCUGGAGAAUGUUUCUCGCCGCUACAGUGUCGUUUUCCUCUUGUGCAUGUUGCAUCUCAU